CAAAACCGCAUCUCUAAUAAUUCUUCAGCUUAUCUCCAUACUCCAAUUACGUAAUCCACCCAAUUUUCGUAUUUUCUGCUCCGGCUGCCCUAUUGGAGAAAGUCCUCUCUCACGGCGGCUCCCUUCCGCCGCUCUCAUCGGAGAAUCUCCGAUUUUCUCUGUAGCAAUCCACUCGAUUCCCCUCUGCUUGGCUUCGCCGAGAAAUUGAUAGAAAUUUUAUGGAAUUUCGUUUUGUGGAAUGAUUCGCCGAAUUUACUAUCACGAAAAUGGGGAAAAAUCAAGCCUACAAAGCGAUGCAAAGAUCUCGGUUUGGCUCGAGCUCCGCCACGCCGGAUGAGGUCGAGGAUAGCAUGACCCUGAGCAAGAUUUCAGGCACAGGUUACGAGGGAAAAGACGUUGUCAUUGAAAACUUGAGGCAGCUAUGUGUGUUCAGAGUAGCCAAUGAAACUAAAAAACCUUGGAUGUGGUGGGAUUAUGUUACAGAUUUUCAAAUUAUAGAUGUCCCAUGAAGGAGAAGAAAUACAAUAAGGAGUGCUGACGGUGACAUCAAAUCUUUAGGGCUUGAUCUUAAAAAAAUUGAAAAAUGCAUGGGCAAUCCAGAUGUUGAUUCGGACAAUCCAGUUCUGAAGGAAGAGCAGGAUGCUCAGGUCAGCAAAGGCAGUUGGGCAGAGAUUUGCUGUAAUCCAAGUCAACUGUCAAAGAACUUUGGAGUUAUGGGAUCAGAUGCAGAAGGGUUAUUAAUUGUUGAGAAUAAUUCACAUGUCAUGGAGUAUAGGUGUGGGAUUGUGUUAGGAUGCAAGAGCUCUGCUGAUCCACAAGGAUUUUGCUAUGUGAAGAAGGCACACAGAGAAGAUGCACUUCUUGAUUUCAGUAAGAUCUUCAAGUACUAAUUUGUUCACUUGGGAGGAGAUGAAGUGAACAUGAGUUGCUAGGAGACAAAGCCUCAUGCAUACAAAAUGCAGCAGCAUAUGCUGAAUUAGAGAGCAAAAUGCGAGUUGCGCACAGAUUUAGAGAAAAAAAUUUGGAGGUUUUGGAACGGGUGAUGAGCCAUAGUGCAUAGGUUGACGAAAUGAUAAGUCAAAAAUAGCUCUAAGUCUU